AAAGCCACAAAAUGUUCAAUUAGGAAUUCCGAUUUUCAACGUAGUUGCAAUUCUCAAACAAAUUUGGUUUCGAUCUCUACACUUUCAGCUGCAAUCGAAGAUCGGUGGUGAUUGUUAGGGAUACAAUCGUUUCUGCUUCUCCUGUUGACGACGCGAUGGUGAAGGAAUCAACACCGCCUAAUUCAAGAGCUAAUCUGAAGAAGCCUCCAUGGCAGACUGUUCUCACUUUUUUCACCAAAAACUACGCCCUUUUGCUGGUACUACUGCUUUUUUCUGAGACGAUUCUGCGGUUGCUAUUUGGGAACAAUGACGUUUAUCCUUUAGGGCUCGAUAGACGGACCGCUGAGGAAACCAAGUCCCUGUUACAUACGACUACCAAAAUGAUGCAGGUUCAGAUUGAAGCUGUGGACAGAAAAAUCGAGAAAGAGAUUGAAGAUUUAAGAAACGAAUUGAGUGAGAGAAUAGAUGAGAAUGAUUUCUUCUAUGGGGCCAGAUUGCGUGAUUUUGGUGAAAGGGUUGAUAGUAUUGGGCGAUCAUUGAUUAGUGAGGAGUGGUUAUGGAAAGAUGAAUUCAACAAAAGUCUAGAGAAAUUAAAGUUCAAAAAGGGGAAGGAUGAAGGGGAUUUUAGGUUGGAUGAAAUGAAGGAUUAUGUGAAGGAGAUGAUUGAGAAGGCAAUCGACAAGCAUGCUGCUGAUGGACUUGGUACUAUUGACUAUGCGGUUGCUUCUGGUGGAGGAAUGGUGGUGAAACACUCUGAACCCUACAAUUUGCCAAAUGGGAUUCAUCUGUCUCGUCUGAAGAUUCUGCAACCUAGUUUUGGUGAGCCUGGUCAAUGUUUGCUUCUAAAAGGAAACAAUGGUUAUGUUGAGAUCAAAUUGAGGCAAACCAUCAUCCCAGAGGCUAUAACUCUUGAACAUGUUGCAAAGAGUGUGGCAUACGGCAGAUCUAUGGCUCCAAAGAAGUGUAGAGUGUUUGGAUGGUUGCAUCCUGAUUCCAAGAAGAUGGUUUUGCUGAGAGAGUUCUCAUAUGAUCUUGAAAAAAGAGAUGUACAAACAUUCAAUGUUUGGGAAAAGGGAUAUGCUGUGAACAUGAUGAGAUUUGAGUUCAGAUCAAACCAUGGAGACCCCACUCACACUUGCAUAUAUCGCUUCAGGGUGCUUGGUCGUGAGCCCAAUUCUCUCUCAUCCUUGAUUCCUCAGACUAGUAAAAAUGAGUCAACUUUUUCAAGUGAAGUGAUGAUGAAUAUAUUGCAAUAACAAUGAGAGGUUUUGAACUUCAAUUGGUUUGGGAAUAAUCCAGAUGUCGAUGAUGAAGUAACUGAUUACAUAUGACAUAUUGGUGAGUGUAUCUUCUUUGUAUUUAUUGUUGCUAAUUUGCUGCCUUUUUAUAUGUACUUGAUUUCCCAGAUCAUUGUUUUUGUAUGAUAGGGUUUUACUUUUUACACCUAUGUAUUUAAUUGCAGAACGUACUAAAUCUAUCUUAUUCAUCCGAGGAGUUGUGUAGUCAACCAUCAUUGUAAGUAAUCAACUUCAUGGUGUGUUUUAAAAGAAUAUUAAAUAGGUAUAGUUUUAAACAUAUUUACCAAAAGGGAUAUUUACCAAAAGG